AUGGCACCUGAUCAAGACCAUCAGGUUGAGAAACUGGUGGAUCAAGCUUUGAAGUACAGUAAAUUCCAGGACCUGGAGCAGUACUUACUAGAUGAGACCAGAGAGGGGUUAUUUUUUAAAUGCUCCAGACAGUUCCUGUCAAAACUGGACAAACUUAUCAACCGGGAACUAGACCACAGGAAUAUGAAGCAUGUUUCUGUAGUAUUCACCAUCCUUCAUAAACUGGGGGACAUGCUGGUCUUUCCAGGGGAUGAAGACAUAUCAGUGCUGGUGUCACAGGGACUUGUUACAAAGAUGGUACAGUGGUUUGAAAAGAUCAGACAGUUCUGGGUUGAAGUAGGGCCAAUGAGGAAUGAGGUUCUGAUAAACCUAGCUGAAGACUUCUUUGAUGCACUGAUGGUUGUUCAUCAAAGUUCCAAAGAGGGUAUGCACCAGGUGACAGAAUCUUUGCUUCAUCACAUUGGCAAGCUGGCGUCUGAUGCCCGAGUUAACAUUCUGAUUCAAAAAGAGGCUGUGAAGAAACUGAAUGUGAUACUUGGAAAGAUCCCAGUAGAACUAAAGAAAGAGAAGAAGAUCUUGACAUCACAGGAAGCCUCGAGUGUGAUGGAUGAUUUGGCUGGCCAUAUCCUCAAAGGAGGGGAUUAUGAUCUCCAAGUGGCUUUGAUGGAGGCUCUUUGUAGAAUGACUUCUCAUGCCCAGCGGAGGGAUCUGGCUGACCGGUGGUUCAGGAUGGAAUUUGUUGCUUCUGCAUUCAGCAAGAUCCAGGAUUCAGAGUUUGAGACUGAUUGUCGAAAAUUUCUAAACCUAGUAAAUGGAAUACAAGGAGAUGGACGAAGUGUGUUCUCAUACCCUUGUCUGGAGGUGUUUUUGGACAAGCAGCCGCUGUUAAUGCCUGUGGAUGAGAAUCUUAAGGAGUUUUGGAUUGACUUUAACCUGGGAAGUCAGAGCAUCUCCUUCUACUUUUGUCUAGCUGGUGAUGUGGCCCAGGAGGGUCAGUGGGACACUUUGUGCAUAGCGGAAAAUGAGGUGUGCAGUUACACAGUGGAAGAAGAGAAAGAUGUGAAGGUGCUGCAGCUGGUUUUAAUUGAGCCACUGUGCCUGAGCAAUUGUGAGGGCUCCAGACUUUUCAUCCACUUCAGCGCCUCUUUAGACAUCCUCCAGGCCACCAAAAAAGUUUAUGGAGAGUACAAGAAUAAAAAAUUCAUUCCAAAGACCACCACAUCUGUGGUUAAAACCACUGUCCAAAUAAUUCUGGAUGAUGGAGGGUCACAGGUUCUUUUUCCUGAGAGUCAGGGAUCUUCUCAGCCCAAAGAGACAGCAGUACCUAUGUCAGUGAGGAGCAACACCCCCUCUCACUCAUCUCUCUCUCAUGAGAGAGCCGCCCAACAUCUCAACCAGCAGACAAUAACACCAUUGAGGAGUAAGGUGUCUGAGUCAUGUAUGUAUGUCUCUGGCAGUGCAGGACGUCAGCUCGGCAAAAGCCCUUUCAGCUGUGUGCUGCCUACCUCUACACCAGUUGGGAAGGCAAAGGUGAAGCCAGCUCUUGAAAUGGUGGCCUCAGAGACUAAACUGAGAGAGCUUUUGAUAGCUAGACCAUCCCACAAUAUGCCUUCAGAUCAGGAAAAUGUAAAAAAACAGCAGAUUCCUGUAGACAAAGUAUUGGAGAUGGUGCAGGCUAAUCAAGAAGAGCCUUUAGAUAACAGUAUAGUUCCAGACUCUCAGCCUGCAAUGAGAAAAGGAACCUCUAUGUUACCAGGCCUCUGUGAUAUCACCAACAAAAAGAGAAUUUCAGUCUCUGGAUCACUGUUGCCCUGUCAAAGGGAUUUAUCCCAGCAUCAGUCCAAAUCAGAGCUCCCACCACGACCCUCCUCAGCCCAACAUACAUCUGCUAGGUUGAGCCACAAGCAGCUGCAUGCCCAGCUCACUCACAGACUGGAGAAGGUGUUGUGGGAGCGUGAGCUGCAGGCCAAGCCCUGCCCCGCAGCACAAAAAGGAGUCUCUUCAUUGGAGCAACACCUUCCAGAGCCUGCAAGUUUAGGAAAGGGGCCCGGGCUAGUGAAAGGGUUUCGAAAACCCACACCAGCUAAACCUGCCCAGAGCAAACAGCCUAAGGGCAGUUUGACUGAAAUGAGCAAAGAUACAGUGAAGCCUGCUGGUCUUAAUGUAAAGAAACACCUAUUCAGUGACAGUGACACAGACAAUAUGACAGAGGUUAGCUGGUUAAAAUCAGCCAACCGGAAGCCCAGGCCUAAAGUGGCUGACUACACCAGGCAGCCUUCAAAGCCCUCUUUUCCAACUGCAGAAACUACAAUUGAGUCUCCAAGUGUACCUGUGCUUUCAGACAAAGCUGAAAAGCUGCUGCUUAAAUCAAAAAGGAAGAGGCAGAAGAAGGUGAUGGAGCAGGAGGAUAAGAAAAGCCUAAACAUUGCUAGCAGGAUGCUCACAAGUAGGCCACAACGAAGUGCAGCUCUGACCAAAUGCUACAAAGAGCCAUCUGAUUCUGAGCGCGAGUUUGAGACUGAUGAAUCACCUCCAACCAAGAAGUUGCUUGUUAAACAGCCAGAGAGGCCUAAAAGUACAGUCUCACUUCAGACCAGAGGAGAACCUCAAAAGACUGCUUCACUGCAGGCCACAGGACGAACAGAAAAAAAAGAUGAGACUUGCUCUUAUGGCAUGUAUAAACAACCUGAGAGAGAGAAGAAACAGUCAGAAGAAAGCACCACUCAGUUAGAAACAGAUCGUUUGAAGUUGACGGAGGAGAAAGCGGACCAGGAGUUAAUGUGUCCCGAGCAGACAGAGAGCAAGAAGAGUCCAGAUCCUCAGCAACCAUCUAAACAACAGGAAGAACCGUGGGCCGCUAAAUUUGACUUUUUCUGUCCUUCCCAUUUCUCCAUUGAGAAGAUGAGAUCUGUAGAGAACAGUGCAGAUUUUCCCAGAUCUCCCCUCACACCCCUCCAGCCUCUGCCAAUCUCUCCUGUUGGUGUUGUCUCACCCCCUAUGGAGCUGCCCAGUCAUCUCAAAGGGAUUCAAGCUUCCUCCUUCUAUAAGACUUCAGGAGGGUACAAUGGAGCCAAAUUUCCUAUUCACCCUCCUGUAACCAUUGUUGCUCAGAAGCAAAGUUCUAUCCAGCCCCUCAUCGCUUCCACAGGUAGAGAAACACUUGCCCACUCCUUCCCACUCAACUCUGCAGACAUAAAGGAGAAUCUUGGAGACUUGAUGAACAGCAGAAGCCUGCAGGCAUCCUUUGACAAAGAGUCUGUGAUGACACUAAGCCAGUCCUCACACAGAUCAAGGAACAACAUAACUAUGAUCUGCACUGAAGUAGAGAACACACCUGCAUGUAUGCAAGGAAGCAGGACUGAAGAAAAAGACUUUCAGUCAGGUCCAGCAACCCGUCGGAAACGUCACAGUUCACGUAGUUCUAUCAGUCUGUCUGAGACAGACAACAGCGAGGAGGAGGAAGAGGGUGGGACUAAAUUUCUGCCCAGAGAACUAACAAUCAAAAUGAAACCAAGAAGGCUGUUUAAGCCUACAGACAAGCCACAGCCUAACAACAAAGGCUUUGAACAACCCGUAGAAUAUCAGAACAGCUCUGAGGAAGAGGACAAGGAGAAUGUGAGCCCUAGACCCAGAGUAGUUGAAGAUCUCGAUAUACACUCCACAGUAUUGUCUAAUGUGGUGUCAAGCUGUUGGGACGCGAGUGUAGAAGCAGAUGUAGAUGUACCACAGCCUUCAAUCAGCACUUCUCAGGACAUGAGCAUUUUCUGCCAUCAGUUCAGUUCUGAACUUAAAAGAAAGUUUGAGAGCCGCUCCAGGAAAAUGGAUCUCUUCGCUAAACAGUCCCUAAAGGCCUUCAAGCAGCAUGUGUCUUCUGUCAGUGUACAGGUGCUCAAGUACAGAUCUCAGAGACUGGAGAAGGUUAAACAAGUUAUAAUGGAUGAAAUUAAAAACUUGGAGCAAGAUGACACUGCUCUAUGCAACAUGGAGAAAGAACUGACAACAUACUGGAAGAAGCAAGCACUGGCUUUCAAUGCAUAUCAUGAGAGAGGGACUCGGAGACUACAAAACUUAAAAAGUGCCAUUGAGCUUAAUAUGUGCGAUAGUUUGGAGUAUGAGGAGCAAAUUUUCUCAGCAGAGAUGUGUUUGAUGAAGAAGGAUAUGAGGUCUGUUCAGGACCGUUUAUUCAAACAGAUGCAAGAGGAAGAGUUGCUGAGUAUGCGAAGAGGACUACAGACCCUGUUCCUCCAAGAUGUCUCCAUGUUUUGA